AGUGAAGUCUUCCAAUUAUUUCAAUAACCAAUUCCCACCUGUUUGGUUCUUAUACGUGUCUUUAGUCUUCAUACUAAAACAAAAACAGCUGAAUUGUCCAAAGUAGAAGUCUCUCAUUCCUCUUCUUCUUCUUUUUUGUACACAGAGAAUCAAUCGGGCCGAGGAAGAAGAUAAGGGAAUAGGUAUAAUCGAUACUCGUGUAAAAAGCUGGAAAUGAAGAACAUGAUCAGCAUGCUGCCUGUGGAGUGCAUCUCCCACAUCAUUUCCCUUACAUCCCCUUGCGAUGCCUGCAGAUCAUCUCUAGUCUCUUCUGUCUUCAGAGAAGCUGCGGAUUCGGAUUUUGUAUGGAAAAGCUUUUUGCCUCAAGAUAUUAAGCAAAUCAUUUCUAAAUCCUUGUUGCCAUCGCCAUCAUCCUUGAAUUCCAUCUCCAUGAAGGAUCUCUACUUCCAUCUUCGAAUUCACCACCAACACAUAAUUUUAGAUGGUAACAUGAGCUUUGCACUAGAAGACAAGAGUGGAAAGAAAUGUUAUAUGAUAGGGGCAAGAGGGCUUUCAAUUGCAGGGGAAGAAGACAAACUCGGUUAUUGGCAAUGGACAACCGUACCAGCAUCUAGGUUUUGUGAAGUGGCUGAGCUGAAAAAUGUAUUGGGGCUUGACAUCAAGGCACAUAUCAAAACUAGAAUGUUGUCUCCGGGUACAACCUAUGCGGCUUACUUUGUCUAUCAGCUCUUAGGAUGCAGAUUUGGGUUUGCACAAACGCCAAUUGAGUUUCGUGUCACUUGGGAACAAAGCCGAGUAGAAGCGUCUUACCAUGGGGUAUGCCUAGAACGUGUGGUGCUAGACCCGUCCGCAGCGUCUCCACGAGCUCAAUAUAGAGGAGAUGGGUGGAUGGAGGUGGAGAUGGGUGAGUUCUUCAUCAAAGAAGGAGAUAAUGCUACUGUGGAGUGUAGUGUGAGGGAAGUUAAUGGCACUAAGAGCGGCCUCCUUGUGGAAGGCAUUGAGAUUAGGCCUAAACUAGAUAUGUAGUACAUUAUAAUAUUAUAUAGAAUGAAAUGAAAUGUAACAGUAUAGUGUAGCUUGAACCAGCCUCAUGAUUUGAGAUUAAUUACAUGACAAUCUUGGUUUGAAUGUAACAAACUCGAUCUAGCCCUGCUAGAAGAAUGAAAAGCCCCAGAGCAAUAAAAUUGAGGAAGUUUGUAAAGAUUUAA